UCACUCCCCGAAUUACCCAGCGCCCCUUUGUCCUCGAUCGGUGCCCAGCCAGCGACACUCAUGGCGGCUGCACCCGUCAGGCAGCGCUCCGGGCCAGGGGGACCCCGGGCGCAGCUCCCGCCCUGCUACUACGAAGGAUACCUGGAAAAGCGAGGACCGAAGGAGAAGGCCUCCAGGCGGCUGUGGACCUGUCUGUGCGGGAAUUCUUUGUAUUUCUUCAAUAACGCCAAGGACAGCCAUUUUGUGGAGAAGCUGGACCUCAGUGGGUUUGUGUCCCUGAAGGACGACUGCAGCCGGGACAGAAACCUGGAGGCAGCCAGACUCAUCCUGCGCAUGAAGGACGGAGAGACCAAAAUCACAGCCCCUAACUUGGAAUCAAGGGAGCUGUGGAAAGGUUUCCUCUACUCCGUUGUAGAUCUGAAUGUACCAUCCUAUCUUACGUUGCUGCCUGGCCAGCUGCAGAUGCUGAAGGAGGUUGUGGACAAAGAAAGAUCCAGGAGGAGAACCCGCACCCCCACACGCGCUCCUCCCUCACGCGCUCCUCCCUCACCCCUCUCCGUGCCUUUAGUAGGGGAGAUCCCACCGUGUUUCCGACCGGUGUCUCGAACAGAGGCUGAAGUCCUUUUAGAGAGACACCCAGACUGUGGCAACAUGCUGCUCCGUCCAGGAAGAGACGGGUGCUCAUUGGCUGUCACGACUCGCCAGGACCUCAAUGGGUCAGUGUUCAGACAUUACCGUGUGACUCAGAGGGACCAAGGUGGUUACAUCAUUGAUGUAGAAAAUCCUAUUCCCUGUGCUACCCUGCACGAGGUCAUCGACGCUCUGGUAGAGAAGACGGCAGGAACUCUGCAGCCUUUCCUCCUGGAGGAGCCUUACGAAGAAAAUAUCACAUAUGUUUCUGCCAAUGAUGAGAAUGGAGAAAGGAUCCUCCACACUGCCCCCUCCAGCCCCCUGCCAAAGGCUCCUGCCCUGCCUCCAAAACAAGGUUUGUCUCAGUCACAAAAAACAACAUGCAGACACUCGCAGACAGACAGAAGUAUUCAUCAUUGCUUUUCUUCUGGAGCAGAUCGCUGGCCCAGCAGCCCCCUGAACAGGUCACCCGCCCCAGACCGCCGUAUCCUGACCUCAUCAGUGCCGGCCUCGCCCACCAACCCAAUGAGAAGACUCAUCCUCUCCCCUUCACCUCUCGCACAGACUUUCAAUGAGGAACUCAAAAUGAAGCUGGAGAAGAGACGAGCCAGUCAGGAGUGAUUGACUCAUCAUGAGGAACAACCUUCUGUCACCGCAUACUCAAUCUUCAGUGCCAAAACCCUUCUUACCGCAGCUAUGUAUUUAUCCUGUGCCUUCUAGGUGGAAGACAAGGGACUAUAAAUAUUGCCACUAAGGGAGAUACAAAACGUUGGACUGAUUACAUGGACUUUAGUUGGCUUGUUAAGAGCAAGAUUGCCUAGAAAACACUGGAUUAGGUUCAUAAAAUGCCUUGGUUGGGGUAACAAUCCACUGGUGCUUUGUCCACUUGCAAAAAGCUGUUUACAAACUGCAUCUGAGCAAAAAUAAUAGUGCCACAACAAAUGAUUCCCCCUCAGAAUACAGCCCACACUGACUCAAUAUGACUGGCAGCUAAAAAAAAAA